CUCGAGCCUAAGCAAACACUUGCCGCAUCGCACUCGGGCUUUCCUCCCGACAGCCAGUCGAUAAGAUAUUGCUCGCGGAGCAACACCAUUUUAAUGUUCACUAUGAAAAUGUGAGUGCACGCAUUAAAAAUGGCAAAGACACAGGAGGUUUCGAAAAAAACCAGCGACGACGACAGCUCCAUGGAGGGCGAGGAGGCGCAGCACAACUGUCUCGGCAGACUGAUGCUCUGUUUGCGUAUCAAUCCGAACCUUAUUAUGUUGAAAGUGACACUUUUUGUGAUGUACGGUGCUACAGCUUCCCUGUUGCCGUAUCUGACAAUACAUAUGCAAAGCAUAGGAUUGACUGUGCGUGAGAUAUCUUUCGUAUAUUUAGCUUUGCCUUUUACGACUUUUUUAAGCCCUCCCAUAACUGGGUUUUUGGUGGACCGUUUUGGGGAGUACAAACCGGUGGUGAUUACGGCACUGAUACUGAACGCUGCCUUCCAUCACUCGCUACUGUUGAUACCGCACCAGGAGACGCCGGGAGUGAUGCCGUCGGCCUACGUGAUGCGGCAUCCUAUCACGAACAGUGUCGAGAUAUGGUGGAGUCCGUGUCCUAGUAGAGAAUGUCCUGAUGAAGAUGAAACUGUGGAUUUUGUUUUGGAUCGAUGCGUGGACCACUGUAAACUAUCAAGACCGACAGAGAGUCCCGUCACAGAAGCCGACGACGACGAGAAAGACGAUUUGGAUUUCCACAUCAGUCAUAAAAUACAACAACAUUUCCUUAAUGUAACCGAGGAUGACGAAGAGGACUUCAAUGACGCAGCAUUCUUUCUCAUUGAAGUUCAUGAUGAUUUAGGAGAACCUAAGGAACAACUCGGCAUUGAAAUGGAACGAGAUGAAGAUGACCCCGUUACAGAUUUUCGAUCCAGAUUUGGCGAAAAAUUAUUGAUAGCACAAGGUGUAAACAUAACAGCACUUGACAAAGAAGACUUAAGAUGCGGUGGCCUCGUCAUGCUGCAUAAUAUGACGAAGCUUUCACAACAACGCCUAGAAAUAUUAUCAGCUGACUGCAUGGUACAGAAAUGUGAUUUCAGGAGAGGCGGGCCCGACAUAUGUCCGCCGGAUUAUAAGGAAAGUGACGAUAAGACAUUCUACAUUUACUUUUUCCUGCGAUUCAUGGGCACUGUCAUGUUAUCUGCCGGGGUUACUAUCAUGGAUCCGAUUGCGUUGACAAUGAUACAAAAAUACGGCGGUGACUUCGGUAGGGAGAGAUUAUUUUCAAGUAUUGGAAUGGCUAUAUUUUCACCCAUUACCGGAAUGCUCAUAGAUAUGCAAAGCAAACAAGCCGGUCACACAGACUAUUCAGCUGCAUUUUACACGUACGAUGUCUUACUUUUAAUAUCAGCGAUAACAGUAGCAGUGAUGCCGCUCGGAGCUAAGUUGCCAGCCGAUAAUUUACUAAGAGAUUUAGUUAAUAUCAUCAAGAUGCCUCAUAUAAUAAUAUUUAUAUUCUUUCUAUUCGCUUUGGGCAACUUUUGGGGAUUCAUUGAAUCUUAUUUAUUUAUCUAUUUGAAAGAAUUGGGAGCACCAAACUUUUUACUCGGAAUAACCGUGACCGUGGGCACACUAAGCAGCAUCCCUUUCCUGUACGGCGCGGACGCCAUCACUGCCCGUAUCGGCCACGUCAACGUCAUCAUUGUGGCAUUCUUCUCCCACGCCGCCAGGCUCGUUGGCUAUUCCUUUAUCGAGAAUUCAUGGUGGUGUUUCCCGUUCGAAGCGAUGGAGUCACUAUCUGUGCACCUGAUGUGGGUGGCUGCUGCGACCUACUGCGCUAUGCUGGCGCCCAAGAGUCUGUUAGCCACACUCAUCGGCGUACUGGGCAUGGCGCACUUCAGUCUUGGCAGAGGGAGUGGUAGUUUCGGUGGUGGUCUGCUUAUUGCCUCGUUCGGCACCAGAGAGGCGUUCCGCUACAUGGGUCUGAUUGCAUUCCUGGGAGGAGUGUUGUAUGGCCUGCUUCACUAUUUCUGGUUGAGAAAUAUCAACAUGACAGGCAUGUCGGAUGCUGGCGACCAGGAUACGGAAAGCGGUGAAGGAGAUAAACUAAACAACGAACCGCUUCGAAAGGACGCCGAGACGAUGAUAUCCUUGGAGAGAUUGCACAUGAUCACGAGAUUCAAUCCUCUGGGUUCUCUGCACUCCCUGCCAAGAGGUUCACGCUCGAGGUUCUCUCAGGGUGACAUCAACGAGCCCCGUAGCCGCAGCGGCAGCAACUGCCACAGGCGCGGCAGCAACUACGAGGGCUCCGCCUCCAAGGUAGACCUUCUCAAGUCAGCGCUCGAGAUCAGCCACCAGAACACCAAAGGACACAUCUCCAACCCCGUCCUAUCAUUCUCCACGAGACCUGUUAAUCAUUAUAAGCAAGCGCAAAGUGCACCAAAGCUAAUGCUACUGGGUCUCGCUCAGCGGAACAACAUAUCCCAACCAGCACUCUCAGAGUUCGAUCCAAGAAGGCGGGACUCGAUACCGGAAGAGGCCGAGGAGGAUCGACUGGCGGUACAAACCAAAAUACCGUCGAAAACUAAGAGCGACAACUUACCGCCACCGCCGACCUAUGCGGAGGCGAUCAGUGAAAACAGAAAAAGUUGGCAUUCAGAUGAUAGCACGCCUACCUAGUAUAAACUAACACUUAGAUUACUAUUAUAGGAAAUCUAACCUAACCUAACCUAACCGUUAUAUACGUAAGAGUUGUAAUAAGGUUUGAAGAGGUGCGAUUAAGCUUUGCGCGAAUCGAUGCGGCGAUUUCUCGAUUUUAUCUUUCUUCUCUCUCUUUACAAAGAUUAAAAUAAAACAUUAAAUUAUACAUAUAUAAGUUUCAUAACAAUUCCCAUAAUUUGCUUGGGAAUAAAAAGCAGCUAUAUUCUUAGAUAACACCUUCGAUUGUUAUUUCGGUUAAAUUGCAUUAUACCAGCUGAAUUAGCAGCUUAUACACUUGAUUGUUGUUAUAGUUCAGCUGAAUUUUACUAAUGAAUUAUCAUGUCAACUGAAUCCGGUAUAAAUAUAAUAUUCUAGUUACUUUAUUCUACUCGCUUGCAUCGGUAUGUGUACUUGGCUUUAUAUCGAAGAAUGUUUAGAAAACAGCUGUAUUUAAUGACGUAUUGUUAUUAUAACUCGAUAAAAAGACUUUACAACUGCCUAAUGUAUUCUAAUAUAAGUACUUGUUUAUUUAAUUAAUACAUUAUUUCAGUUUUAUUACGACUUCAUUCGUAUUUUCAGAAAAUCUGACAGGUCUUUGCAGACUUUAAUAAAUCAUAAAUAAGAAUUUAAAGGUAAAAAAUUGUAAAACAACAGUGAAAUAUAUAAACGGUAUUAUUUCAUUAAUAUUAUAAUUUUUGUGUGACUUUUGAAUUCAUUUAUUGAAUUAUAUUAUUUACAAUGAAUUGCGUUAUAUUAGUCAUAUUAUAUUUACAUUUAUUAAAGUAGUGCUUGAAGUCAUUAUUGAAAAAAAAAAUGGUAACAUAGAUAUUAGUUUGCAGGUUAAGUAAAAAUCAAAGAGGCUUUAAUUUAUUUAAGUUGUAGGUAAUUAAUGCUCCUUAACUCUGAUAAUUCGGCUAUGUUUCUAUACCUUGGUAAUUAAACGAUUUUUUUGUUAUUAUUAUAAUAAUAUGUGGUUUUAUUUUCAUAAAAUCUUUUAAAUGGCAGUUAUGUCGUUUUAUGAUUAAUAGAUGAUUGGAAUUUUAUUUGAUAUAAGUAUACAUAUAAUAAGUAUUAGGUAGUUUUCUUCGCUCCCGUGUCUUAUCUGCUGUAUUGUGUUAGAGAAACAGCGUCUAACUCGCUGUCAAACACAGUGCUGUCACAGCAUGAAGGUUCAAUCAAAUAAAACCUAUCUCAAACGGUAAUAAAAGUGUUAUUUUAUA